AUGGAAACCAAUGGCAGGCCUCAAAGCUUGCAGAUGGAUGAGAACUGGGCCAGUUCUGGACCAGUCUUGCCUGAAGAGGUGGAAGUGGGCUGUGGGCCCGGCGACUUGCUGCGGAGCGGUUGGUCCCUGCCAGAGGCAGAGCCUGUUGAGAAGCGAGAAGGACCGACGCUCAGAGGCCUUGCCAUGCGGGGACCAGGACUCUGUUCCGGAGAUUUUGGUGCUGUUCAUCCAGGAGUUGCGAUGAAGGCGGAACAGCACUGUUUGUGUAGCGACGAGGUUUUCUGCAUCUUAAAGCAACAUGAUGAGGGGAAAGGGCUUGUUCAGUUCCGCCUUGUUUGCCGGGAUAGCUCUUGUCUUCAGGCAGUGGAUUCCAAGCAUUGCGAAUCGCAAAUUUUCAAGCCACCGCGCCGGGAUUCCCGUUCUGAACGCAGCCCCAAGCCACCCACAAUCUGUCAUCUGUGGGUCUCGCUGAAAUGCCAGUUCCAAGGCAAAGAACCAUCCACGAAAGACCUUGAUGAUGAGGCAGGUCCUGUAGAUGGAGAGAAAAUCUGCCUAGCACAUCGUCGGUUGACUCAGGAUGAAGAUGAUGCUUGCAGCUACAUCUCCGAGGGUGAACCUUGUGAGCGCAGCGACGUGGUCUCCUGGGGCAAAAGUCGCCGAGGCAGCUGGUGGCGAGUCCGUAGCAACUUGCGAGAGGACCUGAUUGUGCGCAGUGGCGUCAGUCUUUCCAGUGUGGAGAUUGGCCGGUGUGUGGCAGGCGAUCUUUUCCAGCAAAAGGGCAAACCACGCAUGCUGAUUUCUGGCAAAGGCCACGGGUGCAUUCGGAUGCCAAUCCAGCCAAGCGGUUGGGUCACAGCUGAUGCUUCUAGGGCUGGAGGACCUCAGUACUUGAUUCGCACGCAUGCCCCACAGUGGCGGGCGAUCUACGAAGCUGGUGGAAAGGACAUCCUCGUCCGCACGACUGUGGAACUGGACAGCGAAGUUGUCGCAAUCCUGUCGUGCGGAGACAUUGUGGAGCAGGCGGGGCCCAUCACCACCAUCAUUGAGGGUGUCGAGAGGAUGCCUAUCGUGGUGAAAUCUGGCAGGCAAAACGGUGAUUCGCAUAAGAUUGUCGGCUGGGUAACCACAGAUGCUUCAGCUGCGGAUGGGCCAGUCUUCUUCAAGCUCAUCCAAGAGGUUGAGAUGAACCACCAGAAACGCGGGCGCCGGUGA